GCUGUUCCCGCCCCCCCCGCGCCGUGACGUCAAGCGGGGCAGCGCGCGCCGUCCGUUUCCAUGUCAUUUGCAUAUGACGCGGGAAAGCGGAAGCGGUGGCGGGAUGUGGGGGGGCGGGGCCGCCCUGCGCCUGGCCCUGGAGGGGAACAUCGCCGUGGGCAAAUCCACCUUCCUGAAGCUGUUGGGUGCCACCUUCCCCGAGUGGCACUUGGUGACCGAGCCCGUGGCACAAUGGCAGAAGGUACCAGCCAGCGGUGCGGCGCAGGCGGCCGUGGGCUCUGCCAACCUGCUGCAGAUGAUGUACCAGGAGCCAGCGCGCUGGUCCUACACCUUCCAGACCUUCUCCUGCCUCGGCCGCCUCAAGGCGAUGCUGGAACCACCGCCUGAGCGGCCCCCUGGGACCCCCCACCCCGUGCGGGUCUUCGAACGCUCCGUCUACAGCGACAGGUACGUUUUUGCCAAGAACCUCUUUGAGGCCGGACACCUGCAGCCGCUGGAAUGGGCCAUUUACCAGGACUGGCACGGGUUCCUGCUGCGGCAGCUGGGGCCCCGCGCCGCGCUGCACGGCUUCCUCUACCUGCGGGCGACGCCGCAGACGUGCCUGGAGCGGCUGCGGCGGCGGGCGCGGAGCGAGGAGGGGGGGAUCCAGCUGCAGUACCUGCAGCAGCUCCACGCCCAGCACGAGCACUGGCUGGUGGAGAAAACCACCAAGGUCCACUUUGAGGACAUGAAGGACGCACCCGUCCUGGUGCUGGACGUGGACAAGGACUUUGAGCACGACGUGGCCGUGCAGGGCGUCCUCAUGGCGCAGGUGGAGGCGUUUACGGCGGCGCUUCGAGCAGAAGCUUCACCAUUGCGCCCCGACCCUCACCGAGCGUUGGAGCCGUGAAACCCCCACCAAAGAUCCCGACGCCGAGGACAAGGGACAGAUCCUGGUCCCCAACUGUCCCCCUUCGCCCUUUUAAUCCGGGCGAGGGGUGUAUUUAAAGCGCGGGCAGCACGGGGUAGUUUUAAGGUGAAUAAUUGGGAGGUGCAGCCGCGGGAUGAGCCUCAGGGUGCUCCCUGUGCUCCACCACGUUUGGGGUUCCCUGUCACCCCUGCCACCCCCUCCCCAUCCACAGGGACCCUCUAGGGGGGCCGGAACCAGGGAUGUUCCAUAAGGUUAAAUUCCAACAAAAAAAUCGUGAUGUUUAAGUUACACCAACCCCCUUAUUUGGUUAUUUUAGAUGUAUAUAUAGAUUUUUUCCCUUAAGUUAAAAAUAAAGCAAUGUUGAACUCU